AUGAAAAUUCCUUUCCUUUUCUCUUUUCCCACUGGCAUGUGUCUCCUUCUAAUUCCUGGAGUUUUUCCAGUAUCCUGUGAGGGAAUUAUAAGAGGAAAAGAAGUACCACCUCACACAAGACGCUACAUGGCUCUAAUCAAAGGGCUGAAAGUCUGUGCAGGGGCUUUGAUCAAAGAAAACUGGGUGUUAACAGCUGCUCACUGUGACCUGAAAGGCAAUCCUCGAGUUAUUCUUGGGGCCCACUCUACCUCCCAUAAAGAGAAAUAUGACCAAGUAUUUUCCAUUAAAAAGGCAAUUCCCCAUCCAUGCUUCAAUCCACAGACAUUUGAAGGGGAUCUUCAACUCCUUCAGCUGGAUGGUAAAGCAACUAUGACCAAAGCUGUAGGAAUACUUCGGCUACCGAAAACAGGAGACGAUGUCAAACCCCACACCAAGUGUCAUGUGGCAGGAUGGGGAAGCACCAGAAAAGACACGUGCAAAAUUUCAAGUGCCUUGAGAGAAGCCAACAUUACUGUGAUAGAUAGGAAAAUAUGCAAUGAUGCCCAGCACUAUAAUUUUAACCCAGUUAUUGAUCUCAGUAUGAUCUGUGCUGGUGGUAGAAAAGGUGAAGAUGAUUCAUGUGAAGGGGAUUCUGGAAGUCCUCUGAUAUGUGAUAACGUUUUCAGAGGUGUCACUUCCUUUGGGAAGUGUGGUAACCCCCAGAAACCUGGCAUCUACAUUCUCCUUACCAAAAAAUACCUCAACUGGAUAAAGAAAACCAUUGCAGGAGCAAUAUAA